AUGCUUGAUGGAGAGGCGGGUCCGUAUUUCGGGUCAAUGACAAAACCACUAAUUGCUCAAUAUAGCCCUAUGGCAGAGGCAGUGUUUACUCACAUGUUACGACAAAACGGUCUAGAAGACCAAUUCGAAGUAGACAGCGCUGGGACGUCGAACUAUCAUGUUGGAGACCGACCAGGCAAUAAUUCCAACAAUAAGCUUUUGUCUGAUGUCACCACCGAAGACUUUUACAGAUUUGAUUAUCUUCUCUGUAUGGAUGAAAGUAAUUUAGCAAGCUUGAAUGAAAUCAGACCAGAAGGAUCGCAAGCUAUAGUUCAGUUGUUCGGCGACUUCGAUCCAGAGGGCGAACGCAUUAUUAGUGAUCCUUACUAUGGAAGUGUACUUGAUUUUGAGACAAGCUUUCAACAUGUCUCAAGAUGCUCUGAGGCUUUCUUGAACCAUUUACAGUCGUAA